CCCUUCCAGCUCACUACCACACACACUGAUCGCCUAUAACAUUCUUGAUUCCAAUCACCAAGAUUCAUUCAAAUGUCUGCAACAACUUUCUCCCCUUCGUGUUCCUUCAAACCCYACAUCAUCAAUCGUAAUUCUAAUUCCUUUUCGUCGUCAAAAACGUCUUUCUUCGGCAAACCCACAUCAAAUUGCAAGAGAUCAUGGGUAUUGAGACCUCAAAAACGACGUGCUUUAAAGGUCGUGAGCGAGAAGGUGGUGGGAAUUGAUCUGGGUACGACGAAUUCGGCGGUGGCGGCGAUGGAAGGAGGGCAACCWACCAUAAUCACGAACGCGGAAGGGCAGAGAACGACGCCAUCGGUGGUAGCGUACAGUAAGAACGGCGAUAGGUUAGUUGGUCAGAUUGCGAAGCGGCAGGCGGUGGUGAAUCCGGAGAAUACGUUUUUCUCGGUAAAGAGGUUUAUAGGGAGGAAGAUGAUGGAGGUGGAUGAAGAAUCGAAGCAGGUUUCUUAUAAGGUUAUAAGAGACGAUAAUGGGAAUGUCAAGUUAGAUUGUCCUGCUAUUGGUAAACAAUUUKCCCCUGAAGAGAUUUCAGCACAGGUUCUGCGGAAGCUUGUGGAUGAUGCAUCUAAGUUUUUAAGUGAUAAGGUUACUAAAGCAGUGGUAACAGUGCCUGCAUAUUUUAAUGAUUCACAAAGAACUGCAACGAAAGAUGCUGGACGCAUCGCGGGUAUUGAAGUUCUUCGCAUUAUCAAUGAACCAACUGCUGCUUCAUUGGCUUAUGGUUUUGAGAAGAAAAGCAAUGAAACGAUUCUAGUGUUUGAUCUUGGUGGUGGUACUUUCGAUGUAUCAGUUCUUGAGGUUGGCGAUGGAGUCUUUGAGGUACUGUCAACUUCAGGAGAUACCCAUUUAGGUGGAGACGACUUUGAUAAGAGAAUUGUUGAUUGGCUUGCGGAAGCUUUCAAGAGGGAUGAGGGCAUUGAUCUUCUYAAGGAUAAGCAAGCUCUUCAACGCCUGACGGAGACUGCUGAGAAAGCAAAGAUGGAGCUAUCUACUUUGACCCAAACUAACAUCAGUUUACCUUUCAUUACGGCAACAGCAGAUGGCCCAAAACAUAUUGAUACUACAUUAACCAGAGUGAAGUUCGAGGAGUUGUGCUCAGAUUUACUUGACAGGCUUCGAACGCCUGUUGAAACCGCUUUAAAGGAUGCAAAUCUCUCUCUUAAAGAUAUUGAUGAAGUGGUCCUUGUUGGUGGAUCAACACGUAUCCCUGCUGUACAGGAGCUCGUUAAAAAAAUGACGGCUAAAGAACCAAAUGUCACAGUCAAUCCAGAUGAAGUUGUUGCUCUUGGAGCUUCRGUGCAGGCUGGUGUUUUGUCGGGAGAUGUGAGCAACAUCGUACUAUUGGAUGUCACGCCUCUAUCAUUGGGCUUAGAAACUUUAGGAGGUGUGAUGACGAAGAUCAUUCCAAGGAAUACRACACUGCCAACCUCCAAAUCAGAAGUUUUCUCGACCGCAGCUGACGGGCAAACAAGUGUGGAAAUCAAYGUUCUACAAGGUGAAAGAGAGUUUGUGCGUGACAACAAAUCUCUCGGAAGCUUCCGAUUGGAUGGUAUCCCGCCAGCACCACGCGGGGUUCCUCAAAUCGAGGUCAAAUUUGAUAUUGAUGCCAAUGGCAUCCUUUCGGUCACAGCUGUGGAUAAAGGGACCGGAAAGAAGCAAGACAUCACAAUCACGGGUGCUAGCACAUUGCCAUCAGAUGAGGUGGAGAGGAUGGUGGCAGAAGCAGAACGGUUUGCCAAGGAGGACAAGGAGAAGAGGGAUGCCAUUGAUACGAAGAACCAGGCUGAAUCGGUGGUGUACCAAUGUGAAAAGCAGCUGAAGGAAGUCGGAGAAAAGGUUGCAGGUCCGGUGAAAGAGAAGGUGGAGGCCAAGCUGAAAGAGCUUAAAGAAGCUAUUUCUGGUGGGUCAACUCAAACCAUCAAGGAUGCCAUGGCUGCAUUGAACCAAGAGAUGAUGCAAUUGGGUCAGUCUCUUUACAGCCAAGCMGCAGGUGGUGGUGAUGGUGGUGAAGGAGGUGGUAAGGCUUCUGGUGGUAAUGGUGGAGGAGAUGGUGAAGUUAUUGAUGCUGAUUUCAGUGAGAGCAAGUGAAUGUGAGGUUGGAAGAGAGGGGUUUAGCUUUUAGUUGAUUGGCUCUGUUUUUCUUGGUAUGUUACUGUGUAAAUAUGUACAGUUUCUAGCUACAUUUUUAACUAAUAUCAUAAACAAWAUGCAAACUAAGAUCA